AUGCUUGGUGUGGCUCUGGGCAUUGGGGUCCUGCUGGCCCUGGUGGGCUGCACAGCCACCGAGACCUGUGUGGCCCCGCAGGAUAUGGUCUCCCAGCUGCUCCAGCGCUUGGAGGGAUCUGUAAAUCUCGAGGAGGCGGCAAAUCCCAGUAUCCUGAUGGCCAUGAACCUGGCUGGAGGGGACAGUGACGGUCCUGUCCACAAGUGGCUGCUCCAGGAGAUCAAGGAGGAGGCGGUGAGGAGAGCCCAGAAAGACAUGACCUCGGGACAGGUGGCUCUGCACGUCCUUGCCCUCCUCUCCUCCUGCCAGGAUCCCCAGAGUGUCCAUGCCCUGGAGCAGACCCUCGACCUGAUCCGUGUCCUGCAGCAGAAAACGGAUGAGGAGAUGGCCAAACUGGAGGCCGAGGGGAUUCCCAAAACUACCCUGUACAAUGUGGGCCUGGACACCCUGGCCCUGUGCCUGGCUGAGGCAGGUGGUGCUCAGGGGCCAUCGGUGGCCCUGGCCAAGCAGGUGCUGAGCCCCGAGAGCCACAUCUCAGUGGACACCCAGGCCAUGGUGGCACUGGCGCUGGCCUGCGUCUACAACUAUGUGGAGCUCCAGGAUGUGCAGGAUCUGCUCCGGGAGGCACUUUGGACAGUGAGCAACAGCUUUCUGGAUGAGCAGGAGAAGAGGAAUGGCAUGAUCGGGAAUAUCAACAGCAUGGGGCUGGCCCUGCAGGCACUGGAGGCCACAAGGAAGUUUUACGCCCCACGGAAGUGGGACUGUGCCCAGGCCUUCUCCGUGGUGUACGCCCACGACUACCAGCAGCCCAUGGCCAUCGCCCAGGUGCUGCCAGCCCUGGUGGGCAGGUCCUACCUGGAUGUGGCUGGCCUGGACUGUGCUGUCACCAAGAAUAUGUCCCCAGGCCAACAGUUGUCCCUGUCUCCCAUGCUGGGGACAUAUGGCAUUCCCAGAGACCUCAUCCAGGUGCAUUACUCCAUCACCAACAUGCUCCAGGGAAAACACUUCCACUACUCCACCUCAGUGACAGUCCCAAGUGGCUCCACUCUGCUCCAGGUGAUGGAGGUGGCAGCAGAGGAGAACCCCCAAACCUUUAGCUUCCAGAUGGAGCAGACAUCCUGGGGUCUCUAUGUGACCUCCAUCCAUGGGCUGGCUAGCAGCAUGGAGGACAGGACCUACUGGCAGUUCCUCAGUGCUGGGGAUGCCCUCGAUGAAGGGGUUGGCACCUACAAACCACACAAUGGGGAGCACAUCGAGGCCAUCUUCAGCAUCUACUGA